AAAACCGAUGCGUGUCACGAAGUGUUUGUAGGCAUUCCUCAUUUUUAUUUCCUCUCUACUGGCACUUGAAAAUAAAUGUGUACUAUGCUAGCUAAAGAUAAAAAAAAAUUAUUCUAGAUUUUAAUUAAGGAAUUAGUUUAAUUAAUAAUUACAAGAUAUUAAAAAUUCCUAAGGUACAUCGAGCGAUAAUUAUUUUUCUGUUCAAAGUCUCGUGAUGUGAGAAAAUUAACUCUAUGAACUUCCCAUGCGUUUUCGAAGAGCGCGAUUCCAAUCGAUAACCAGUAAUUCUGGUCGCAAUCUCGAACAUGAUUUCCGCUAAAACCGGAAGGACAUUCUCUCCGAGAGAUUAGGCGCGAUAUCUAGGAAGCGCAAGACGGAAUAGAUCGACAUGUCGACGAUCAAUCGCGCGCUUUAAAGUGGGUCGAGGAGGAGUCAUAACGUCACGGUCACGUGCGGUGCGUUUCCACGUCCGCUAAGGAACCGCUCAAGGUCGUUGUAGUGGCUGGUGGCGGAAAGAGCAAGGUCGUCAGGGUCGCGGAAUCGCGAAGAGAAUGUGGAGGAAGGACGCGACGUUGGCCGGGUCGAUCGUCGUCGUCGUCGCCACGUUGAUUUCUCUGAUCAUUGACGGGACCGUCGCCGGAAGCUGCAGCUCCGCGAAGCUCUGCUGCCAGGGCAGGGACUCCGGCUGUGUCAUCCAGAAGGAGUCGCCGAACGCGAUUAUCGAGAGCCCGCGCGAUAAGCCGUGUUACUGCGAUCAUGCUUGUCUCAAGCUCGCCGAUUGUUGCGAUGACUUCAAGGAGACCUGCGGUGUGGUGGACUGCGCGGUGAGCGAAUGGAGUCCGUGGAGUCCAUGCGAUAACGGAUGCGGAAGUGGCACUCAAAGACGCAGCCGGGUGAUCGAGAUCUCGGAGAAGAACGGCGGAAAGCACUGUCCUCGUCUGGACCAAGUCAGGACUUGCCGCAGCUUCCAGACAUGCCACGCCGGAAUUCGUUCGCAACCGCACGCUAAAAGUGUGACGCUUCUUGCGCUUUUUCCGGGUGAUGGGAAUACUACAGACGUAAGGAUCAAGGAUAGGAUUGUCGAUAAAAGAGGCAGCUGCGUUGCUUUCACUAUUGUACGCGUCUCGCAGGGUUGCAGUAAAAUUUCGGAUUUACUCUCGGAAGGUUCACGGAUCUGCGUGGAACGUCCCGAUAACGAGAGUCUAGAUCGAUACGUGGGGAUCGGCAAGUGGAAACUAUCGACCGAUAUCGCCGGCAGCAACAAUCGGCGCGGUCGAUCGACGAACUCUUCCUGUCACGGCAAAUGGAUCGGCGAUUCACGGUUGCUAGUGGAUUGUCACGAUCCGCGAUGCGAGCAAGUGCCGCCUCGGUAUACCUCGCAGGUGUUCCGCGGUCGCAGGGACGUGGACACCACGGACGUCGUCGUCAUCGUCAGCAAUCCGGAUAGAUCCGUGAGAAGACGUAGAAGAGGCAGACGACGGAAGAGGAGCAGAAGGAGAAGACACGACGUCGCCGCUGUCGUGGAACGGUGAACGUUCCUACGGCGGCUUCCGUGUCGCAGCUUCUUCCCCGCGAGUGUCUCACUUCUCACAUUAGAGAAUCCUUUCCUCUCUUCCUUCCUCUACCCUACGUCUAUUAUACAUGUAUAGUGUAUGUGGUAAUUGUACGUGAGAAAGGCACUUCAGAGAUUGAUCUCGCAGAAAUUUCGAGUCCCUCUUCCCGUAGUGAAGUCGACUUUGAAUUAUAAAGAUUGACAAUAUGAAUAGCAUUUCAUAAAUUAAACUUCCAAGCUACAAAUAAAUAGCAGAAAGUUAAUAGAAUUUUGA